UCAGAGGAAACUUGUUUUUGUUCCAUCUCCAAACAAACCAAAAAGAACAAAAAUUUUCCCAGGAACAAAAAGAAAAAAAGCCAUUCAUUAUUCCUGCCUUCUCAUUUUUUUGCUUUCCUCAUCAAUCUAACAACUUCCAUUUCUUUGUAAAUUUUUGUUUUUUUUUUCAAAAUUUUAAAAAUACCCAUUUCUUAAAACCAACUUAGAACACAAAAAGCUUAAACUUUCAUAAAAAAAAAAAAAAGAGAAAAGAUUGAUUUUUUAUGUGUUGGUUUUUGGUUGUUUAGAUGAUUCCAUUUCCCUCCAAUUCUUCUCUCUUCAGGGUCAGUUUCAGAAAUGCUUUUUUUCUUUAUUUUUUUGGUCUUCUUGAAAGCCCCACAUUGAUGCAAGAGAAAGAGACAAAGAGAGAUGGAUAGAGACAUUUUUUGAUCUUUGGAUUAUUGGUUAAAGAAAGGAAAAGGAAAAAGGAAUGAAGAGUUUGAACGAAGAUAUAGUUUUUAUUUGUUUAUACAUAGAAUGAGCAAAUGAGCAAAAAGCUUGGCUUUAGAAAGGCCCUGGAAACUAAAGUAAAGAAAUCACAACUAGCUGCAAAGAAGAAGGCAAUCAGCAUAUUUACAGCAAUGUCUGUAGCUCAUGUUGAUGAUGAAGAGCCUGGCCCUGGUGAAGUUCGCCAUGUUGAAAAAGUCCUUCCAAGAGGUGACUUUUAUACAGGCCAAUGGUGUGAUAAUUUGCCUCAUGGCAAUGGAAAGUAUUUAUGGACUGAUGGUUGUAUGUACGUUGGUGAAUGGUUUAAAGGAAUGACCAUGGGAAAAGGCAAGUUUUGUUGGCCUUCAGGUGCUACCUAUGAAGGUGAAUUCAAGAGUGGUUUUAUGGAUGGUAAAGGGACUUAUACAGGUUUUUCAGGAGAUACAUAUAAAGGUUCUUGGGUUAUGAACCUUAAACAUGGACAAGGGACUAAGAGUUAUGCCAAUGGGGAUUACUAUGAAGGCGAAUGGCGCCGCGGAUUCCAGGACGGACAUGGGAGGUACCAAUGGAAGAAUGGGAACCAUUAUAUUGGUCAAUGGAGGAACGGGUUGAUGAAUGGCAAUGGAACAAUGAUUUGGAGCAAUGGGAAUAGGUAUGAUGGUUUUUGGGAGGAUGGUUUUCCUAAAGGGAAUGGGAAUUUUAGAUGGGCAGAUGGGAGUUUUUAUGUCGGUGUUUGGAGUAAGGAUGGCAAGGACCAGAAUGGAACUUAUUAUCCUUCUGGUUCUGCAACCGGGAAUCUAGAUUGGGAUCCUCAACAGGUGUUUUUGGAGGACUUGAAAGAUUGCAAGAUAUGUCCUGGUGAGAAGGUGUCAAUUUUACCAUCACAAAAGAUGCCACAUUGGCCUGGAACGGGCAAAGGGAAUGAGGGGAGACACAGGAGAAUGUCUGAUGGGAAGUUAAAUAGUUGUAGUUGGGGUUCUGAUAUGAAUGAUGUUUCUGCUGCUACUGAAGGGGAUUCCAGGGAUGGUGAUGAAGGAGUUGGGAAUCUUGAAGAUUCAGUUACAAGAGCGAGUUGGCCACAGUUUAAGAUGCCAAUGAAGAGGCAGGGGCAGACGAUAUCGAAAGGCCACAAAAAUUAUGAGCUCAUGCUCAAUUUGCAACUGGGUAUCAGACACUCUGUUGGAAGACCUGGUCCUGCUAUAUCCCUUGAUCUGAAGUCUUCAGCUUUUGAUCCUAAGGAAAAAGUAUGGACCAAAUUUCCACCCGAAGGAUCCAAGCACACUCCACCUCAUCAAUCUUGUGAAUUCAAGUGGAAGGAUUACUGUCCACUUGUAUUCAGGACCCUUAGGAAGUUGUUCAAUGUGGAUGCAGCUGAUUACAUGAUUUCAAUAUGUGGGAAUGAUGCCCUUCGGGAACUAUCAUCCCCUGGAAAAAGUGGAAGCUUUUUUUACUUGACCAAUGAUGACAGGUACAUGAUAAAGACAGUGAGGAAGGCGGAAGUGAAAGUGCUUAUAAGGAUGCUUCCAGCCUACUAUAAUCAUGUUCGGUCCUUUGAGAACACUCUAGUCACCAAAUUUUAUGGUCUUCAUUGUGUGAAACUAACUGGGACAGCGCAGAAAAAGGUGCGAUUUGUUAUAAUGGGCAAUCUGUUCUGUACUGACUAUACCAUUCAUAGGCGCUUUGACUUGAAAGGUUCUUCCCACGGUCGCAUAACUGCUAAACCUGAAUCAGAAAUUGAUCCAACGACAACCCUCAAAGACCUUGAUCUCAAUUAUAUAUUUAGAUUGCAAAAAAUGUGGUUCCAAGAGUUUUGCAGGCAAGUUGACCGUGAUUGUGACUUUCUUGAACAUGAGAGAAUUAUGGACUACAGUCUGCUGAUUGGUUUUCACUUUCGAGAAGCUUCCACACAUCUUACUUCAGGAGUUCUCACACCUACUGGAAAUGGAGAUUGUGAAAAUGAAGGAGCUCCUCGGCUGUCUCAAGCUGGAAAGGAUCAGCUUCUUAUCGAUCCCUCUCGGUGGUCUUCCAUUAGAUUAGGUAUAAACAUGCCUGCUCGGGCUGAAAAGAUGGUGAGAAAAAGUGAUUGUGAAACUCAGCUGGUUGGAGAACCAACUGGUGUAUUAUAUGAUGUCAUCCUCUUCUUUGGUAUAAUAGACAUUCUACAAGACUAUGAUAUUAGCAAGAAGCUUGAGCAUGCAUAUAAAUCAAUGCAGUAUGAUCCAACUUCAAUUUCUGCUGUUGAUCCAAAGCAAUAUUCAAAACGCUUUCGGGAUUUUAUUUACAAAAUUUUUGUAGAGGACACUUGAAAGUUACAUUUCGAACAGAUCUUCAACUUGGAACCAGUGUCCAUGUACAUUCGAUCAUUUUUUGGAGAUGUGAGUGCUUAAAAGCUAAAGGUUAUCAUUUUGGUCAUUGACAUGGCCAUGGACGAUGAUUUAUGGCAGCACUGGACACACAUUUGUAAUUCAGGGUUAGUUUCUCACCCUCUUCAUCUCCUAUCAAUUUGCAGAUAUAUGAUAUGCUACAGUCGAGAUGUAGGUUAACAUUGUAACCAAAGUUACUAAAGCUUGCUUCAAUUGUAAAUGAAUUCGCCAAAUGGUGAAACAUACAUCCGAUGAAUGUAUUACAUCGGAAUUGAUUCUUUUUGUACCUAUAAUUUUUGCCCCGUAGGAGAGGAGUCUCUGGAUUCAGCUUGAAAUAAUAAUGUACAGAAAGUUAUUGGAAGGAAACUAACUUUUAGUUGCUUACAUUGAAGAUGAAAAUUUUUUAUUCUAUUCUUUGUAUCUGGUGUUUGUAUGACAUCUGAA